CUACAAAAGGGGGCAUGACUUCCACUCACGGUUAAGGUUGGGGACAGGGUUAGGCUAGGGGCUCCCUAUAUUUUUGCUGGCAGUUUGAAGCUCCCACCCCUGUUUGGAGCUCUUUCUGCAGCUAUAUACUUCUCAGUCAAUACGCACUUCAGAAUCUCGCCAGAAAUAGGUCAUCUGGGUAUUUCUCGCUUACUGCUUCAUGAAUACUAAGGAUUCAGACAUACUACUCCAUUGGCCUACUGUUUUUGGAAUACUAUAUAGUAGGGAAGUAUGGAUAUUUGGACGCUGUGAGUGUGAUCUAUUUUAUUUAUCCUAGAGAAUUUUAGGAGAGACAUCUGAGACAAAAUUUCUACUUGAAUGAAACCUAACUCAGAACUCCACUGAGUCACCUGUGCUAUAUGAAAUACCAACAUCUGAGCAAUAACAUGGUAUAACAACAUGGUAAAUAUGGCAGCUGUAUGAAUAGACACUGCCCCAAUCCUAAUUGAGUUACAGAGUAGAAGCAGCGAGGAGGCAGGAAGCCACGUCAGCCCGACCUACUAGAUUGGUUUUAGUCCCACAAGGUCACGAGGCUGGCAUUCGGCAAAGCAGGCAUAUAAAUUUAGCCUCACGGAAGGCGCACCGUGGAUUAUGUCUUGGAACUCUCAGAUUUCAUCUUCAGAGGAGCAGUGGUGAUGCACGUAAGGCUGGUUUCUGGGUGGUCACCCCUCAGGUAUUAAGAGGUGGGAGAUAUUUCAAUCAUACUGCACUCACUGGCACUGCACUUCACUUGAGACUCUAUCUAUCUCUCGUAACGUUUGCACUGUGCUCAAAGGAGGAGAACAUGAAGUGGAUUUUGGAAUAAUUAUGAUAUGAAGAGCUUAGGAAGGUUUGAGGAGUGACAGGUUGUGACAACUAGGGAAUAGAACUCUGAAAUCUUUCCUCUACGGGCUAAAACACAAGAUCCAUUGAGCGAGAAGUUUGAGGAGGUGUCAUGGAUGCAUUGGCUUUAGAAGCAAAAGUGGCAAAGAAUGAAGGCACACCAGCACCUUCUACUGCACCAUCCAAACCCAGACCAAAACCUCCUAAAAAACCUAAACGGAUCGUUUACUUUGAGGUGGAGAUCUUAGAUGCCAAGACCAAAGAGAAACUACUGCUCCUGGAUAAGGUAGAGCCAACAGCCACUGUUUUGGACAUUAAAUCUAUGUUCCACAAUUCAAAUCAACAUUGGUAUCCUGCCAGACAGUCUUUAUGCCUGUUCCCAAAGGGAAAACCCUUAAGAGAUGAGGAGGUCCUUCAAGAGCUGCCUGUAGGAACUACUGCAACCUUUUACUUCAGAGACCUGGGAGCCCAGAUUUCCUGGGGAACUGUGUUCUUAAUCGAGUGCAUUGGACCACUUGUCAUAUACCUGCUGUUUUAUUUUAGACUGCCUUUUAUCUAUGCUCUCAAGUAUGAAUUCACCACCAGUGACCAUUGGGUUGUGCAUAUCGCCUGUGUGUGUCACACCUUACAUUAUGUGAAGCGAAUCUUGGAGACGAUGUUCGUCCAUCGCUUCUGCCACGGCACCAUGCCACUACGCAAUAUUUUCAAAAACUGUUCCUAUUACUGGUGCUUUGCAGCAUGGAUGGCUUACUACAUCAAUCACCCACUCUACACACCACCAUAUUAUGGGGAAAAACAGGUGAAAACAGCACUUGGAAUAUUUCUAUUCUGUCAACUGGGAAACUUCUCGAUUCACAUAGUACUGCGAAAUCUCAAACAGCCUGGUUCCAAGAUGAAGAAGAUUCCGUAUCCAACCAAGAAUCCAUUUACAUGGAUAUUUGCACUUGUAACAUGCCCAAACUACACAUAUGAGGUGGGAUCUUGGCUUGGAUUCACUCUGAUGACUCAGUGUGUCCCCGUGUUGUUUUUCACUGUAGUGGGAUUCAUACAGAUGACCGUUUGGGCCAAAGGGAAACAUCGCAGCUACCUGAAAGAGUUCAAAGAGUAUCCCACACUGCGCUCCCCUAUCUUACCGUUCAUUCUGUAACAGGACAAAAUGCCACUUAAAAUCCGCAAUACUCAUUAAUCCCAGUCAGUGGACAUUAUGGCAUCUCAAAGUGAAUUGCAAAGACUGCAUGUCGGAUUUGGAGGUGAACAUUCUCCAUCGGGGUACUGAAUAUUUAUUAAAGCACAACCUUAUGUGGUUGGGUUUAAAAACUGAGCAAGAACUACAAAUAAAAAUAUAGCUGCAAGCAGCAAUGACGGGCCCAAGCACCAUGGGUCAUUUUUCCACAUGUUGGCUUUAGGAAAACAAUGGUGGACACAUGCAUUUGGCAUUUGACAUUUUGAAGCAAUUUGGGUAAAUAUAAGAGAACUAUUUUAAAGUCUGUUGUAAGAGCCACACUUCCUGCUGCCAGGUGGUGGUGGUGCUAUGUCCAUGACCCAAAAUAGUCAAAUCCAUACAAUUGGCCUGCAACCUACAUUUUAAUUUUGAUUUAAAUCCCACAUUGCACACAGAAGAUAUGACACUUCUUGUUUCCCAUUUUCACCAUUAAUUUAAUGCCUCACCAUGGCAACACCAUUCUAUAUUUCAAAAUCUGUUUGCAAUGUCUUGGCAUAAUGUUGUCUAAAUGUGGUGGCAGUCUCAUGGAUCCCCUAGGAGGAGUAUUUAAAAGUUCAGAGACUGCAAUAUUCAAAAAAUCCUAAAUGGCCGACUUCCUGUUGGGCAGAGCUAGUAAUUAUAAUCCUAAAAUUUGUCCAACUUGAUGAGAUCUAUAUAUGUACCAAUUUUGGUGACUGUAGUUGAAAAUGGGGGUGCUACAGAGGCUGUCUUACAUGCCCAUUUUAAACCUGUUAACUGUCACUGGUCAACAGGUGGGCCGUUUGAGUGUGGCUAUAAAACAAAUGCUUUUUUAUACCAAAACUUCAUCAAUGUUCAGAUUGCUGUGAACUUACCCUGUCCUAGAGCAGCUUGUACAAGAGAACAUUAGUUUACAGAUACAAGUCAGUAUUUUACUAGUUUAUACAAAUACAAAUCUUAAUAUAUCAUAUUAAUGUUUAAAAUAACUGUAGUACAUUAUGAUAUAUUUUAAUGCAUUUUUGUUAUACCAAAGAAGCCAUUCUAUUUCAAUACUCAUAAAUAAAUAAAAAAUGUAUUUUAUUGUUUGUACACAUCUGAAUACAGAGAAAAUGGUGCAAAUAUAUGGGUACAUAAAGACACUCAACUAGUUGACAAAUUAUCACAACCUAGAGAUCAUAAGUGACUCUUUCUGUCUGAUAUGUGAUACAGUGAGAUGUGAUGUGGUAGUUUCUUUCUUAGAAAGGACUGAAACUAAUUAAUUUGAUGUUAGCAGAUAUCUAUCAUGUCACUUGAUUGAUGUACAUAGUAACAAGUAACAGUUUUAUGUGAUUUCUUUUCUUGAGUGCGUAGAUUUAUGGUUACACUACCUGGGUAAAACUAAACAAGAACAUGUCUAGGUCAUAUUUCACCCUGAAAAGAAAAUAAAUUAUAUUUUGCUAAAAGAAAAUAAAGCAUAUUUUUAGGACAUAUUACACUGUGACAUUAUUUUAAUGAUGAUUAAGCACAUUUCCCCUCCACAAUUCUCAUUACCGCAAUGCAAAAAAUACUAAUACUGUACUGAAAGAAAUAAUGUAAUUUAUUAAACAUAUAUAUAUAUCUGUAAUACAGUAAGACAUUAAUUUAUUAAAGUAAAGUCAAACUAGUGAGAAUCACCAUUGAGAAUAUUGGGAAUAACAUAGAUAUUACAACAUCUUAAAAGUACAAUAUCUAAAUGCGUUACAGUAAUUAGUAUUUUGGGGGAAAUUGUGCUUAAAGAGAUAGUUCACCCAAAAAUGAAAAUUCUCUCAUAAUUUACUCACCCUCAUGCCAUCCCAGAUGUGUAUGACUUUCUUUCUUCUGCUGAACACAAACGAAGAUUUUUAGAAGAAUAUUUCAGCUCUGUAGAUCCAUACAAUGCAAGUGAAUAGGUACCAAAUAUUUUAAGCUCCAGAAAGCACAUAUGGUUGAGAAACAGAUCAAUAUUUAAGUGCUUUUUUACAAUAAAUUCUCCUCCCUGCUCAGUAGGUGGCGAUGUGCACAAAGAAUGCAAAUUGCCAAAAACAAAAGAAGAAAGUGAAAGUGGAGAUUAAUAGUAAAAAAAAGACUUAAAUAUUGAUCUGUUUUUCACCCACACCUAGCAUAUCACUUCAGAAGAUAAAGAUUUAACCACUGGAGUCUUAUGGAUUACUUUUAUGCUGUCUUUAUGUGCUUUAUGGAGCUUCAAAGUUCUGGUCAUCAUUCACUUGCAUUGUAUGGACCUACAGAGCUGAAAUAUUCUGCUAAAAAUGUUUAUUUGUGUUCUGCAGAAGAAAGAAAGUCAGACACAUCUGGGAUGGCAUGAGGGUGAGCAAAUGAUCAGAGUUUUAAUUUUUGGGUAAACUAUCCCUUUAAUUGUCAUGAAAAUAAUGUCACAAAAUCCAAAAUAUCUUAAUGUCCCUAAAGCAUUUCUUUCUGCAA